AUGCAGCCGCGUGCUGCCGGCCCCGCGGGCAAGAGCCCCCUGGUGCGGGCCAUGCGCCAGAAGCAGCCGGACCUCCGCAAGGCGGCGUGCCUGUGGCUGGACCGCUUCUCCGCGGACCGCCACGCUGCGGUGGCCGAGCUCAUCGCGCUGGUCAUGGCCGUGGCGGAUGUCCCGUCGCAGACCACUGUGAUGAAGGAGGAUUUGCAGGACCGAUCCCCCCAGGAGGUGGUCACUGAGCUUACCGCUGCCCUGGCGCUGGAGGCCUCCGAGCAAGGCGCCGACUUCUCUCAGCACUGGCUGGUGUCCCGGGAGAAGGGUGCUGCCAGGGUCCGGGAGAACUUCCCGGGGCUGUGGCGGGAGCUGGUGUUGGCGCCCUCGGCCGACAGCCUUCAAGCGCUGGUGCAGCUCCUGCGGGCCUGGAGCCUCUCGCUGGCCGAGUGCCAGUUCCGCAGCCUCCGCCACGGCGCCACGGUGGCGGGGCUCGGGGUGGUGGAGGGGCUCCAGAUCCAGUGCAGCCACCUGCGGGACUGGUGUGCCACGGCGGAAAGGCGCCUGGAAGAUACUGAGGCGCGGGCGCGAUCGGCGCUGUCCAAGGAGCUGAAGCAGAACAGGGAGUGCCUCGAGACCUUGGCGGCGGCCAAGGACAGCUUUGUGGCUGCGCUGCUGAGCCGUCGCUGCAAGGACGUGGAGCCGGAGAUCCGCAGCAGCUGCGCCGAGGCCAUGCAGCGCUGGGCGGAGUCGUCGAAAGAGGCGGAGGCGCCCUGGAAGCAAUAUCUCCACUUUGCGAUGAACGACCCCGCGCCCAAGGUGCGGCAGGCGGCGCUGCAGGCGCUGGUGGCCCUGCUGGGACCAGAGGCGAAGUCGUUGGCCGAGGAUGUUCGUCCGCGGGUGCUGGCGCGGUGUCACGACACCUCGGCGUCGGUGGCCGGGGCGGCGCUGGGCUGUGCCGGGGCGCUGGCGGCUUUGGAGGUGCUGAAAGAGGAGGACUUCGACCCCAUCAUCGACCUCAUCUGGGACCCCGAGGCCGCGCGCCGGGACGGCGCCGCGCGCUUCGUGAGCCGCUUCAUCUUGGCGGAGGACGUUCUGGACUACCCCCCGGGCGGCUUGCCCAACGGCGCGCUGAUGCCUUCGGGCGGCCCCGUGGCCAAGAGGCGCCUGCAGAUGCUGCUCCAGUUCCUGUGUGAGUUCGCGGGUACCUUUCUGGAGCUCUCUGAGCGCCUGGUGGCCGCGCUCUGGCGGAAGGCCUCGUGCAUAGAAGACUGGGAGCAGAUCAAGGCGCUGAUGCUGGGGGAGUCACUGCCACUGGAGCAGCACAAUGCACUCGCCUUCCUGGCCGAGGCCACGGUGCGCCUCGCCUUUGAAGACUGGCUGGCAAACCGCAGCCCCCUGGCAGAGGCGGUGCUGGAGCGCGCGGGCCGGGCGCUGGGCCGGAACUUGGGCAGCGUGCUGAGCGCCUUCCAGGCGGAGAAGGCCGCCAUGCGACGCGCCGCGUCCUUGUGCAGCUACCUCCUGCGCUUCUGCGCCCUCAGCGGCAAGGGCGUGGUGGGGGAGGCGGCGGAGGAGUCUGCUGAAGCGCUGCGGAAGGCAUUCCUGCGGCAGGCGGAUCCUGAGGCCUUGGAGCACCUGGCGCUGGCGCUUGCCCAGCUACUGGAGCUGUCCCCCAAAGCCAGGCCGGUGGUGCACGAGCUGGCGAAGGGCUUGCGGCAGCGGUUCCUGCAGCUGGCGCCCUUGGUUGGACAAGGAGAGAUGACACCGGACCAGGUGCCCCUGCCGGACUCGCUGCUCGCCACCGCCCAGCACCUGCGGAUCUUGGCCAAGGCCUACGAUGUGUCUCUCUGCGACAUGGAAGGCUUCGUGUCCGCAGCGCUGGGCCUGGUGGACGAGCGUUUGGGGGAGAAGAAGGUGAGCGCCGAGCUGACCGUGGUGUUGCUAGAACUCCUGGCGCUGUUGUCUUUGCGCUUUGCUGCGCAGCUCAUGAAGCCGCCCAUGCCCUGUGUGGCUGCGGACCCGCGGGACGACACACAGCUGAAGCAGGCACCCACUGCGACGGAGGACUUGCUGGAGCUAGCCACGGGCCUCCUGGAGCGCGACCCCUGCCCCCGGGUCCGCUCUGCCGCGCUGGGCGCCGCUUUGCUGGCCGCCGGGGCCUGGUGGAACGCCGCUCACUUCGCGAAGGAGGAGGCGAAGCCCUGGGUCUGCAGCCUCGGGGAGCGCCUCGGCGGCGCGCUGGCCGGGCACCUGGGCCAACUCCUGGCGGAGGCCAACACGGUGCCCGCGGACUGCGCGGGGGGGAUCUCGGCCUUGGUGGAGCCCGGGGACUUGCUGCGGACCUCCGCCUUCUCACAGCUCUUCGCUCAGCUGCAGCAGGGCUUGGCCUCCGUCGAGUCCGUGCCCUCGGACGUGGAGAGGGUGCAGACGGCGCGGCUGUGCUGCCUGCUGGUGGCCGGGUGCCGCCACCCCGAGGUGGCUGCCAGCAGCUUGCCGUCGCUGGUUCUCUCCUUGCCCCUCUCCCCCCGAGAGGACCUGCAGGAGGUGGCCUGGGUCUUCCUGCGGCGCCUGCGUCGGGAAGCGCACUUAGGGGCCAAGCAGGCGGAGGAUUUCUUCACGACGCUGCUGGCCGCGGUGAAGGUGGUCCACCAGGACAACGGCACGAGUGUGGCCAAAGAGCUUUCUUCGCGGCUUUUGCAACACGUGGGGGUCGGCAAGCUCACCCCGUCGCUGCAGCUGGCGCUGCUGGCGGCUUUGCGGCGUGGCAUCUCUGCGGCGGGCAGCGGGGAGCAGAAGGGCUUCUUGGAGGCCUUGACACCGUGGGUCACCAAGCAUGUGGUGGAGGACAACCUGCUGCAGGACCUGGCCUCCUGGGCGGAGUCUCAAUCCAAUGAGGCGCUGGCCAUGGCGGGCUUGGAGGCGCUGCUGGCGGCCUGUCGCAGCACCUGCCGCAAGCAGAAGGAAACUCCUGAGAAGCCCAGUAAGCGCCGCCGCACGAGCAAGGGGGGGCGCCAGACGCCCACCUCCACGCAGGAGCUGCGGGACGCGGUGGACCUGGAGAAGUGA